GAUUGGACCCAGCUUCGUCCAAUCACUGGCUCCCCGCUGAUCGCUGACCAAUCAGAGGCCUCGCUGCUAGUAAACUUCAUCUGGAGUUUUCCCUCUGAGCAGCUGCUUCAGUCUCAGCAGCACCAUGGCUCCUCUGUCCAUCCAGUCUGGGGUGAAAUAUGCCAAAACUCUGCUGCCGGAGGCUCUGAUGAGGUCCGUGUCGUCGGUCCAGACCAGCAUCUCUCGCCACAUCCUGCCGUCAGCUCACUGUCGCUGCUUUAAGGUGUGCAGCUCCAGCCGGAAGCGGCGUCGAGGCCUGGCGGCGGCGUCCCUGAACGAGCUGCUGGAGCAGGCGGCCAGAGUGUUCAUGCUGUCCUGCCACUUCCUGAGUCUGGUGCUGGAGGAGGACGGGACGCCGGUGGACUCGGAGGAGUUCUUCCAGUCGCUGCCCAACAACACGCCGCUGAUGGUGCUGGAGAAGGGCGAGGUGUGGACGCAGAACAAGGUCUUCCCCAGCUUCCGUCAGACCAAGAGGAAGGGACUCGCCAGGCUGAGCUUUGAGCUCUACAAGCUGCACCCGAAGGACUUCCUGUGUUGCCUCUCCAUCAGGGCCACGCUGUACGAGAUGUACACACUGAGCUACGACUUCAGGUGCAGCCGCAUCAAACACGUCCUCAAGUCAGUGCUGCGCUGCAUCACCUUUGUGACCAGACUGAGUGGACAGUUGCUGCUCUGCACGUCUUCGUCUUUACUGCAGUUCACUGGCAACGACGACAGCUAGAUUGUGUGUCUGUUGUGUGGAUUUAUAGCAGCAGUUUGUGUGUCUGUGCAGCAACAAACUGAGUGAUCUUUGUGUUUCUGUAUUUGAUGCUUAGAUGCAAAGAGGAAAGCUUUUCUGUCACUGUUUUUUCUGGAUGUUUUACUUUCAAUUUGAGGAUUUCUACUUAAAAGCCGACAUGAAAAAGUCGUGAGCUUUGGAUUUGAUUAAAAUGUGAUCAAAAAAUUAAUAAUUGUAUAAAUAAAGAGGAGUUUUCUAAAGCUG